CGCUGUCGGGCCUCGUCGGGCAGGAUUUGUAGUUGUCAACCAGAUAAUAUGGGCUGGGGUACCGCCCCGGACAGUUGCAAUGCUUGAUAGGUGCCUACAACGUCCCGCAGCCCUUCGUGACUUCUUAUCUUUUGUCAAGAUCACCUCACCACCAGCAUCAAUCACCAAUUUGCAGUCAAGACAGCAAGAUGGCGCCCUGGGAUUUCUUUGGCGAUAUACUCGCCCAAAACACCGAAAAGAUUUCGACCGAUGCAUCGCAGUGGGCAAAGAACUUUCUCCCUCAGGCCGGAGCGGCCGUGAGCAGCGUAGUGGAGGAUGCGUGGAAACACACAGAGCAGUUCUCGGCAGAUGCUGGAGAAUGGGUCAACCAAAACCUUCCUAUUGCUGCCGACACGCUUGCGGAUAUUCUCGACAAUGCAAAGAAGCAUGCUGAACAUGUCUCGAUUCAGUUGACUUCCAACGUAGUUCAGGAUAAGUCCCAGGUGGUUUUGGGUCAAGAUGGCGAGACUGUUGAACUGAUCCCCAUUACUGUACUUGACUGGGCAACGAAUGUCCUCCAUUUUCUCGCGGAGACCAGUAAAGAGCUCGUGGAGAGCGCCAGGCUCGAAUUUGAGAAGGCUCAGAAGUGGGCGGCGGAACACCCUACCGCCACGUUCUUCAUCAUAUUACUAGUCGUCGCAGGCGUUACAAGCAUUGUUAUGGUCGCAUAUCCUCAAUUGAUCUAUAAACCCAUGUUGGAUACUGUGGGAUUCACUUUCAAAGGAGUUCGUGCUGAUUCAAUUGCAGCAGCUGUCCAUUCUUACAUCGGUAACGUCAGUCCAGGGAGCCUUUUUGCGUUUCUGCAAAGUGCUGGUGCAGAUGGCUAUGGGGCUGCUGCUCUCAAUGCUGCCCUACGGACAGCUGGGGUCACGAUGAUGACCGCUGGCGCUGCAGAUCUUAUACGCCAGUGGAUGGAAGGGAAGUUCAAUGGUGAGGUACCUGUGGUUGAAAUAGGAGGACUUUGAGGUCUGUACUUGAGUCAUCUUGGAAUGUCUACGAUCUUUGGGUAGACUGGCGCUUUGACAACCUUCGAGUUCCAUGUCUGUCAUCCUUAACUCUGCCCAGUGUUUUCGGCCAGAGAAUGUUAUUGGAGACGGCCUCUUGCAGUCAGUUUGGACUUAUGACGUUGGCAGGUGCAAUUAUCCGUUAGCUUGGUCCAAAUGUUUUCAUUGAACACAUCAUGGUUUCGUUUGCUCGCUGCCAGAGGCCUGA